GCAUCGCGCUCGGCCAUGGUCACCAGCAUGGCCUCGAUCCUGGAUGGCGGCGACUACCGGCCCGAGCUCUCCAUCCCACUGCACCAUGCCAUGAGUAUGUCCUGCGACUCGUCGCCGCCCGGCAUGGGCAUGAGCAACACUUACACCACGCUGACGCCGCUCCAGCCGCUGCCACCCAUCUCCACAGUCUCGGACAAGUUCCACCACCCGCACCCGCACCACCACCCACCACCACCACCACCACCACCACAGCGUCUGUCGGGCAACGUCAGCGGUAGCUUCACCCUCAUGCGCGACGAGCGCGGGCUUCCGGCCAUGAACAACCUUUACAGCCCCUACAAGGAGAUGCCCGGCAUGAGCCAGAGCCUGUCCCCGCUGGCUGCUACGCCGCUGGGCAACGGGCUGGGCGGCCUCCACAAUGCGCAACAGAGCCUGCCCAACUACGGUCCGCCGGGCCACGACAAAAUGCUCAGCCCCAACUUUGACGCGCACCACACUGCCAUGCUGACCCGCGGUGAGCAACACCUGUCCCGAGGCCUUGGCACCCCGCCCGCGGCCAUGAUGUCCCACCUCAAUGGUCUGCACCACCCGAGCCACACUCAGUCCCACGGGCCAGUGCUGGCUCCCAGCCGCGAGCGUCCCCCGUCCUCCUCGUCGGGCUCGCAGGUAGCCACAUCAGGCCAGUUGGAGGAGAUCAACACCAAAGAGGUUGCCCAGCGCAUCACCGCAGAGCUGAAGCGCUACAGCAUCCCACAGGCGAUCUUCGCUCAGAGGGUGCUGUGCCGUUCUCAGGGGACGCUCUCCGACCUGCUCCGGAAUCCAAAACCGUGGAGUAAACUCAAAUCUGGCAGGGAGACCUUCCGCAGGAUGUGGAAGUGGCUGCAGGAGCCUGAGUUCCAGCGUAUGUCUGCCUUACGCCUGGCAGCGUGCAAACGUAAAGAGCAAGAACCAAACAAAGACAGGAACAAUUCCCAGAAGAAAUCCCGCCUGGUGUUCACUGACCUCCAACGCCGAACACUCUUUGCCAUCUUCAAGGAGAACAAGCGGCCGUCGAAGGAGAUGCAAAUCACCAUUUCUCAGCAGCUGGGUCUGGAGCUCACCACUGUCAGCAACUUCUUCAUGAAUGCCCGGCGCCGCAGCCUGGAGAAGUGGCAAGAUGACCUGGGCACAGGGGGCUCUUCAGCCACCUCCAGCACUUGUACCAAAGCAUGAUGGGAGGACUCUCACCUGGGCACAAGUCACCUCCAAAUGAGGACAAUAGAUACCAAAAGAAAACACUAAGGAAAAAGACACCAGAUACUUCGCUGGGGCCCUUCACUGGUGAUUUGAAAGCACAAUUCUCUUGCAAAUAAACUUCUAUUCUAGCUGUAAUCAUAGGCCAGGUGUUCUUUUUGUUUGUUUGUUUUUAAUGGCUACAGAGUCCAAGUGCAAGCUGAAAAUUAAUCUCUUUGAACCAGACACUGUCUUCUGAGCAUGCUAAGCAAUGUAUAAGUCCAAAUGGGGCCUUCCUGGAGCCAGCUGAUGCCAGUAUGAUGUCAACCAAGCUCAGGAUUGCUGAAAGCAUCAACAGAACCACUCCAGGUCCUGCCAGCCUCUUGAAGUCAGCGUUCCCACUGGUAACAGUGAGAAGCGUGGCCCAGUGAAGGACUCUGAGUUUAGGCUUCCAUGACACUACAAUAAGAGAAGAAUCUAGCAACAAGAAUGACCUCAUUUGCUUUCCAAGUGCUUAGCCUCUAUAUCCCAGUACACCAAAGCUCACAGCCAUACCAUUUAACAUUUCAGAAUAGUAAUUACUGAGCACAAGUUUUAAAUAUGGAAAUCUAAAAAAUAAAAAAAAUCCAAGGACCUGUUUUUUCAACUCAGGCAUCUUUUCAUUGAAUGAGUUAGAAAGCUUUAAGUUGAUCCAGUUUACAAUCUUUUCUUUACCUCCUGGAAAUCUGAUGUGGUCUUGGAUCUGUCAAGAAAACAAACAAAAAAAAAAAACAAAAAACAAACACUGAAUCAAUUCACUUGAGCUCAAAGUAUCAAGCACAACAACGAUAAACAGAAAAAAGGUUCUGGAUUCACUGCAUCUGGAUUUGUCAAGAUGCCUGUUAAUGAAGUCAUUAGGGAAUCGUCAAGAAUAUGGCUUCAAGCACAUUUUGCAGUUUGCUACAAAUUUUGUUUGUAUGUAAUGCCGACGCACACUCAGGAGGCCAACUUAACUGCUAUGGUAUGUGGAGCAAACAUGGCAUUUUAAAGCUCUAGUUUUUUUAAAGAUCAUUAAUGUGUUCUUCUUGGGUUAUCAGUCAUCUUGUUCCUCCUCUUGUGCAUUAUGACCACCACCUAAUUCAUUCUCAUUCUUUCUACUUUGUGUUGUUACCUCAUCCAUCCCAUUAAUAGAGAUCUUUCCAGUGUUUUCUAGAAGCAAUCCUAAAUCAAUUCACUAGACAUGUUGCUCAUGACUGUCAUCUAGUCCUCUCUUCCAUUGUUGACUCAUCUUUGCAAAACAACUGAAUAAAUCUGGAGAAAACACAGCACACCAAAGAAGCACGAUACUGCAAACCAAAGACAUUUAUUACUUGCCAUUUUCUAGCCUAAUAAUACUGUGAUUACUUUUAGAAAUCAGAAAACCUCUGCAACUCCAAAUGGCAUUCAGCUCUUGCAUUUGGCGCACCAUCGGGCUGAGCGGACCAGCUAUGCCAAGGACGUUAGCCAAGCCACCAGGCAGUGGCUUUACCACGCCAGCUCUGGUUCCUGGCUGUCACCUUCCCAUAGAAAGCAGAAGAGCACCCACAGAACUCUGGGAGAUUGCAAAGGUCAGAUGUGCAUAUUUACCAGUGAAUGGCCCCAGGUGGGCACCAUGGGGGUGUUCAAAGCAAGCCAAACGCUGCAAUGAUUCUUUACAGACACUUAAGACUGACUUUUUUAUGAAUUACUUAAUCGAAACCAAAGAAACUUUUUCUGCACCUACUUCUGCAACAAACAGAACUGUCCCAUUAAAUGAAUAAAUCCGUAAAUCAAUGGAAAUCACCAUCAACAAGAAGGAAGCAUGCCAGAAAAAAAAAAAAAAAAGAAAACCCACAAAAACC